CGCCGCUGACCGACACGAGCGGGGGAGCCAGCUGCGGCCGGCUCUUAAGAGGAGCCCAGUCGCCGGCGAGAGGCAGAGCGGGCCUGCGCGCCGCAGCCAUGGGGAGCCGCGUGUCCCGGGAGGAGUUCGAGUGGGUCUACACGGACCAGCCGCACGCCAACCGGCGCCAGGAGAUUCUGGCAAAAUAUCCAGAGAUAAAAGCCUUGAUGAAACCUGACCCCAACCUAAUCUGGAUCAUAACUGGGAUGAUUCUCAUCCAGUUGGCUUCCUUUUACUUAGUAAAAGACUUGGACUGGAAAUGGCUCCUGUUUUGGUGCUAUGCCUUUGGCAGCUGCCUUAACCACUCAAUGACUCUGGCCAUCCACGAGGUUUCUCACAAUUUCCCCUUCGGCCACCACAAGGCUCUGUGGAACCGCUGGUUUGGAAUAUUUGCUAACCUCCCUCUCGGGGUUCCAUAUUCGAUUUCCUUUAAGAGAUACCACAUGGAUCACCAUCGAUUCCUCGGAGCUGACGGCAUCGACGUAGAUAUUCCUACUGAUUUUGAGGGCUGGUUCUUCUGCACCACCUUCAGGAAGCUUGUCUGGGUUAUUCUUCAGCCUCUCUUUUAUGCUUUUAGACCCCUGUUCAUCAAUCCCAAACCAGUUACUUAUCUAGAAAUCAUCAAUACUGCAGUUCAGAUCGUUUUUAACAUUAUAGUUUACUAUGUUUUUGGAAUUAAAUCUUUAGUCUACAUGCUGGCCGCCACCCUGCUUGGCCUGGGUUUACACCCAAUUUCUGGACAUUUUAUAGCAGAACAUUACAUGUUCUUAAAGGGACAUGAAACAUACUCAUAUUAUGGGCCUCUGAACUUACUCACCUUCAAUGUGGGCUAUCAUAACGAGCACCAUGACUUCCCCAACGUUCCUGGAAAAAACCUGCCCCUGGUGAGGAAAAUAGCAGCUGAAUACUAUGAUAACCUCCCCCACUACAACUCGUGGUUCAAAGUGCUGUAUGAUUUUGUGAUGGAUGACACAAUUAGUCCCUACUCAAGGAUAAAGAGGCCUCCAAAAGGGAAUGAGGUUCUGGAGUAAAUACCAUCAGAGCCAGAGGAAAUCCUCUCCAAAGCUUCAUAAUAGCUGAUACAGUGGACUUUUUAUCUUGUUAAGCUUAAGGUCAGUGAUGCUAAGAAGCUGAGCUGGCAUAAUUUCCAGCUAGGGUCUCCGUGGUGACGGGCUGCCCAGCCUUCAGACAGCCCGACUCUUGCGCCCGCUCACCUGUACUCACACGUUGUAUUACUGUUACUGAGGGUGUCUUCACUCAUGCCUGUCAUACUGUAAGCAUAUCAUAAACAGCUUAUGUUAUUUGUCAUUAUAAAGUUUUACUUUAUUAAAACACCUAAUAAACUGAAGUGUUAAUCACAGAA